UCGGGAAACCCCUUUUAGGUCAGUCUGCAGACGCCAUUUUAGAAGAAGCGCGGGUAGUUCUGCAGGGGAAACUUUUAAACAAUACGAGUGGACGUUCAAAGCAAUAUUAUAUCAGCCAGAUAGUCAAUAUCAGCCUCUCAUAUUGUAUUUAUGUGAUUUACUUUAACACAGAAGUAACUAAACUGAAGCUAGCUUUUUAUAUUUUGUUUUGGAAAGCGGAAGAAAGGAACGGUUGACGACUGAGACGGGCCUAGCUUGCCGAUAAGCAUCUGUAGAGAACAUAACUACUUGUUGGGGGGCGAUUAAAAGCUUGUCCAAGCCCGGAAUAAAGACAUGGCGGACGAUUUUGAUAUUGAAGCUAUGCUUGAGGCCCCCUAUAAAAAGGAUGAGGUCAAGCCUGCUAAUGCCAAUGGCCAUGAGCAACGUAGUAAAAAGAAAAAAAGGAGCAAAAGCAGGAGUCGUAGCCGAAGUCAUGAUAAGGGACGAAGUACAAGCAAGGAGCACAAAAAGAAUCGUGACCGGAAGCGAAGUAGGAGCUGUGAAAAAAAGCAAAGCCAUAGCAAAGAGCGCCGACACCGCAGUAGCUCCCGCAGCAAAGAACGAUCUGGUCGCUACAAAGCUGGUCGUAAGAGCCCUCCUCGAAAGGGAUCUAAAGGAAGCAGCCCUUUCAAGAAGGAUAAGAGUCCAGUGAGGGAGCCAAUUGACAACCUGACCCCUGAAGAGAGAGAUGCACGCACUGUGUUCUGCAUGCAACUGGCAGCCAGAAUACGCCCUCGGGAUCUGGAGGAGUUCUUUUCAGCAGUGGGAAAGGUUCGAGAUGUGAGAAUGAUUUCUGAUCGAAACUCAAGAAGAUCAAAGGGGAUUGCUUAUGUUGAGUUUGUGCAAGUGAAUUCUGUACCACUGGCAAUUGGAUUAACUGGGCAAAGACUUCUGGGGGUGCCAAUUAUUGUCCAGGCUUCACAGGCUGAAAAGAACAGGGCUGCUGCUAUGGCUAACAACUUGCAGAAGGGCAGUGCGGGACCUAUGAGGCUGUAUGUGGGAUCUUUGCACUUCAAUAUCACAGAGGACAUGCUACGAGGAAUCUUUGAGCCUUUUGGAAGGAUUGAAAGUAUUCAACUCAUGAUGGAUACUGAAACUGGAAGAUCAAAAGGAUAUGGCUUUAUAACAUUUGCAGAUGCUGAGUGCGCUAAGAAGGCCCUAGAGCAGCUGAAUGGGUUUGAGCUGGCUGGCAGACCGAUGAAAGUGGGUCAUGUCACCGAACGCACUGAUGCAUCGACAGCAAGCUCCUUCUUGGAUAGUGAUGAGCUGGAGAGGACUGGCAUUGACCUUGGCACUACUGGCCGCUUGCAGUUGAUGGCCAGGCUUGCUGAAGGUACUGGGUUGCAGAUCCCACCAGCUGCCCAACAGGCAUUGCAGAUGAGUGGAUCCCUCCCAUUUGGGGCCAUGGCUGCUGUUUCUGCUAUCACCCCUGCUUUGAACUUGAAUUUGAAUAUGAACACCGCCAUGAAUCUCCCUACACAGCCUAUUGCCACACAGACCUUCCAGCUUUCCAAUAUGUUCAAUCCUCAGUCUGAAGAUGAUCCAGGCUGGGAUGUUGACAUUAAGGAUGAUGUCAUUGAAGAAUGCACUAAACAUGGGGGGAUUGUUCAUGUAUAUGUUGACAAAAAUUCACCUCAAGGUAACGUGUAUGUGAAAUGUCCAACAAUUCCCAUCGCCAUGGCUGCCGUGAAUGCAUUGCAUGGGAGGCUCUUUGCAGGUAAAAUGAUUACAGCCGCCUAUGUGCCCCUCCCAACCUACCACAACCUCUUCCCGGAUUCUGUGACAGCUACUCAGCUAUUAGUUCCUAGUCGUCGGUGAUCCAGCUUACUGCUAUGUUGUUUUAGUGCCUACUGAUUAAACCACAGUUGAGACCUGUUUCUCCCUGUGCUACAAAAUUGGAAGCUUAAUCUGCCCAAAUGGCUUCCUUGUCCCAGUUAUAAAUUGUGGCACUCAUUUAGCUACUUCAUGUUGUUUUUGUUUUUUUUGAGGAAGGUCUUCACUUGGCUGUAAUUAUAUGGAAUUUAUAACCUUUGCAAAAGUGUUUGAAAUACGAGAUUUCCAUAACAUCCAUGAAAUAGUAAACGUGACAUUUCUACAUGCAUAAUAAAGGGAUUAUAUUUCCAGUUCACCUUCUUUUGGUCAUCUGUUAUAAAUUCUCCCUGCCUUUGCUGGUAGUGUCAAUGUAAGGUUCAAACACCAAAAGGUCUUUUGAGAAAUGUACUUCUGUUUUAAGCUCUAUGAGCUCUGGAGUCAGUGUGACAAUGUUUAUUUGAAGACCACCAUGUUUUUCUAACUUUUGUAAUCAAAUUUUGAUUUUGUAAAGAACCAAUUAAAAAUUGAUUUCAAUUUAA